AAGGGAGACGCGGCGGUCAAAGGGCGGCAAGGCGGGGCGUGGUCUUGCUGCUUUGGCCGCCUCCAAAGACCGGGAGAGGCCGCCUGGAGUCCCGGGAUGGGGCUCUGCUUGCCCUGCCUGGGCGGAGCGGCCGACAACGUGGUGGAGACGCCAGACCCCGAAAUGAGAAGAAGACAACUUGCGGAAGCUGCAGAAAAAAGACAAAUGGAGGCUGCUUCUCGAGGUAUUAAAAAUCCAUCUUCAGUUGAGCAAAAGAAGAAGAAACAGGAGGAAAUGGAGAGGCGUCUUGAAUCCACGGGCCCUGGACCAGAAGGAGGCGGACUAAGAUGGCAAGUUGGAUAAGUUGAAUCACUACACAUUUUCUGAAGAGAAAGAAUGAAUGUCUUACUGCCAAUACCUUGCCAAGUUCCUGCAGUUGAGUGACACUUGUUUGUUUUUGUCGUCUUGCUGUUGUUUGCCUCUGAAGACGCAGCAGUAACUUUGCCACUGUAGCAAGGCAAAUGAAAGAUGUGCACUAAGGAUACUUUCAAACCAAAACCUUACACUGUUCAGCUGGGAUGGCCAAAACCAGGCACUUACUAGUUAUGCUGCCAUAUUGUAUAACUUUGCAUGUCUUAACUUCUUGAGGGGGUCAGAAUGUAGACGAGAUGAGGCAGAUAUAUGAAAUGUUCUAACCCUGAUUGUUAUGGGAAAUUCUUCUGCUUUUACAAAUGGCCUUAGAUAUGUAAGUUGUCCACCUUCCCUCCUGGUGCCAAGCCCUAAUCUGGGGUUCCCCUGCUCUGGGCUACAGCUAGCAGUGUUGUCAGCAAGUAAGGGUUUUGGUUUUUGAGGGUUGAAGCUUUUUGUGCCUUCUGGGGGGUUGAAUUCACAUAUUUAAUGAAAAUGUUGCCAUGUCCUCCUGAUUAAACCUUGUAAAUGCUCUUUCUGUGUGUGGGGAUGUAGAAAUACAGGGAAAGAUGGACCGUUAAUUUUUUUAACAGAACAUACUUCUGCUUUUACCACAUUGGGUAUACAUUUGGUAAGGAAGUGCCAUACUAAGGAAGGAACCUAUGGUGACAUUUCUGUAUUUAUGAAAAGGUCAAUGUAAGCUUACUCUUAAACAUUCUGCAAAUUAGACUUCUGAAAUUCUUCAAAUGUAAACAAAUGCUUUAAAACAUUAAUAUUCAUGUAUACUUAAGUUCUGAUAAAUAUAUUUAUGUGAUUUAUCUCCCAGAUUUUUCUUAUUUAGGAUAUUUGAUGGCUACUCACCUAACAACAGCUCAUUCUGUCUUUUUCCUCUCUGAUUUUCCCCUUUUUGAUUUUCUGAACAUGGCCAUAUAGCCCGAAAAACCUACAAGAGCCCAGUUUCCCCUUUUUGUUCUUUGAUUCUCUCUUCUUUCUCUGAAUGUGUGGUAUAUGUAUGUACAUAUCCAUCAUUGGAUAUUUUGGAAGUGUCUCACUUCAUGUAUUGGCUACCAGUACAUUUGAGAAUGGAGAUUAAUUGGUUGACCUUAACUGUAACCAUCCACAAUAGAAUGGACACCCGGUUGAACAGAAUCCUUCACCAAUCCUUGAGCCUCCUUUGCUACUCAAGUUUGAUCCAAAACAUUGAGUGACCCUUUGGAACAUAUUUGAAAGGGAAAUUCCUACUGUACAGGAGUUCAUGAAAUAUUAGAUUAAUAUUCCCAGACAGAUUUAGGGACUGGAAACAUAAGACAGCCUCUUAGAGAUGAUCAGAGAAUGAAAUCAACUGGUAGUGGAAGAAGUGAAGCUUUUUACCAUUACUUUUUCUACUAAAAAAUAAAUCUGGCAGUUUCUUAUUUGUCCCCAAGGUGGCACACUUUCUCUUUUAAAAAAUGGCUUUAGGAAUAGAUGUAAAACAAGCCAAGUAGUAUGGCAGUUCUGCUCUGUCUGGCUUAAACGCAAACUUGCUUUUUUCUUUUUUUGUAUUUGCACACAAUAUGCCUAAUGAAUUUACUGUUAUUUAAACUUUUGAUCCCCCUCCACUAUAAUCCCAAAGCAUUGUAACAGGCAGCAGACACUUUUUUCCAUUAAAAUUAAAAUUCGGAUUGGAUUAAAACAGGUUAAAGCAGUGGUUAUCAAUCUGUGGGCCCCCAGAUGUUUUGGCCUUCAUCUCCCAGAAAUCCUAGCAGCUGGUAAACUGGCUGGGAUUUCUGGCAGUUGUAGGCCAAAACACCUGGGGACCCGCUGGCUUAACAGGUCCCAGGUUUUUGCUGUGUUAACCUUCUAAAUGCCUCCCCCCCCCCAAAAAAAAAUUCUAAGCAGCAAAACUUUGGUAUUGUGUUCUUUCCUUGAAAUGGCCACAGUAUUUCUAUAAAACUAAUUUUGUUAACUGUGUUCUUCAGCAAUUGGAGCUAGGAAGAUUUAGCUUCAUGAUAAUAGAAUAGUAGCACUGUUUUUAUGUUUGCAGUUGCUGCACUUAAUACAGCUGUGAAAAUUUUUGAGUUAUGAUCAUUUUGUUUUUGUUCAUUAACAACUAAAUCUGAGGGCUAAACUGGGAAGUGGAUGUGAGUGGGCAAUCCCAUUUCCACAUGCUCAGAUCCUGUUAGAUAGCUUUAUGUUUAGCAUGAAAAUUUGAAGGGCAAAAAAAAAAAGGUUUAUACUGAGAUAUGGUGGAUUUUGUGUCAAUGAGCUGGUGAGUUCAGGCUUUCAUCUCAACUUUAAAGAAACUAGGCAAGGGGUUGAAACAUACCUCGCCCUGGACUUCUUAGUGAAACUCAGAGCACAUUAAUCUCCCCACUGAAAGGGAAACCCUUAGUGCAGUGGUUUUCAACUUGUGGGUCUCCAGAAAUCCCAGCUGUGAUUUUUUUCUGAGCAAUGCCAAUGUUUCUUAUAGCUUAGACAGUUGUACAAAAUUACUGAUGCUUUUCAUGUGCUACAUGCAUAAAUAUCUGAUACAGUGGCCUUUUAGCGUGGCUGCAACUCUUCUCCUUUCUAGCCCUUAACAUGAUGCAGUUGGACACUUUUGUGGCUGGAAAGAAUACAGUGCUGUUUUAAACUAUUCCACUGAAGUGUGAUUUUUGUUAACAUCUCAAAAGGAUUGUGGCCUUUUAAAUAUUAAUGCCUUAGACUUGAUAAUGAUGGACAUCUGUGUUGCUAGCAUUCAUAUAUCAUAUUGCCUUACUGGCCAAUAUAACACCAAUAUACCAGUAAUGUGGGAUAAUAGAAGUUUUUAAUGAUGCGGAACAUGCUUCAGGAGGCUUUUGCAGUGAGACAUUGUAGAGUGCCAAUUUAGGAAUGUAUUUGUUUUGGUAUUUUUAAUCCUGCCAUUAGCUUUUAGAAAAUGGAUUUAUACUAGAUUGAGAUCUCAUUGUUACAUUAUUUUUGCACAUAAUGCAUUGGUUUACAACAGGAUCCCCCAAAUUGAUGCCCUUCAGAUCUACCAAACUUCGAUUUUAUGGCAUUGGCCAUGCUGGUGGAGAUGAUGAGAGGAGAAAUCUAAAUUAUCUUCAGCACACCAUGUUUGAAAAGCCUUUUGUAUUCUAUCAACAAACAUAUUUGCUCCCUCUUCUAAAAGACAGCUUUACCAUACAUAAAAAGGACUUAUAAAAGAUGUGGUCAUUACAGAAUUGGAAAUGCUUUUUGUGGCCCCAUAAAUAGGUACCCUCAGCUAUUUUCCAGCAAAUCAGUGAUCAGUGGUUUCAGAACAUAUAGCCUUGUUUCUGUGCAUAAAGAUCUUUAUUUUUAGAGCAAUUAAUGUUAUUAAUUAGCAUGGAAACAGCAUUCCAGUUGUGCAAAGAUUCUUUCAAAAACAGACAUUGUCUGCUCAUGAAAUAAAUUCUAUUAAAUUAUGUGGGUUUUCCAUGUAAUGUUUAUUGGAUUGCAUAGUCUACAGCCAAAGGUAGCUGAUAAUAGAAAUUGUACUCUAUCUUUUGUAAUGCAGUGAUAGUAAUGUUCAAAGAAGUAGCCAUAUCAUCUAAAAAAAAAGGGGGGGGUGGCAGAAUUUUUAAAAAUUGUGUUUAUUUUCAUGUCUAUAAAACAUGAAUGAGCAAACUUUGGCACUCCAGGUGUUUUGGACUUCAACUCCCACAAUUCCUAGGUAGUCUAAAGAUGCUAUCACAUUCUUUUUCUCUCUCUUCCUCCUUUUUGUAAUGUCAUGAGUUGCCCAGUGUAAGGUAGUUCAUCACAAACCACAUAACCAUAUUAAGGCAGGAACAGAGAUUGCAUAAUUGUCUCCCAUGAGAUACAUCAAAUUGAAAUUCUCCAUUUUUGUGUACAAAGUAUUCCAUAUCACUGGAAAGAAGUAAGGGAAUUUUUGCCUCUAUCGGGCUCCAAGUUAAAUAGACAGACCUCUUAGUUGAAAUGGAGGAAAGGCUAUCACAGAUCUGUAGCAACGUUGCCCAAACUUUUGUCUCCCAAAUAAGUUUGGACUUCAACUCCCAGAAUUCCUGAAUGUUGGCCAGGUUGGCUGGGGCUUCUAGGAGUUGUAGUCCAAAACAGCUGGAGUAUCAAAGUUUGGGAAACACUGACUCAUAGCACAUAUUUAUACUAUUUGUCUUAGGAGUAGUGCUUAUGGUUAAGUAGGAGCUAGUGUUGACAGAGCCUUAAUCCUGAAACAACUCUGGAAUCUGACUAGCUGAUGUAACAAGUCUUUCUGAAAUUACUAUGUUGCAAAUAAUAAAAGUUUUAAGACUUUAUUUAAAAA